AUGAACAAACGACAAUGUGUAUGUGGCUCGUGGUCUGGCUGUGGAGGCAAUUCGAACUUGUUCUACUCCUACAAGCACUGUAUGCUUAUUUGCGGCGAGUUUGCAGUCGGAGGUGCAGGAGUCGACGAGAGAUACAUGAAUAGAACUUAUGUGAUACGAGGAAGACCUCCAGUGAGUCCCGGAACAAGAACUCACACUGAAACGACCAUGAUAUGGUAUCAACCUGCCUAUCCGCCUUACAGCGAACAGGGUCGACCUAUGUCGCCGCAACAAAUCAUACAACGUCCUCCUGACCGAAUCACGUACACCCAGCAACAAGGAUAUCAGCAGCCGCAGCCGAUGCAGCCCCAGACAGGACAUCCUCAUACUCACCCCCAUCCCCAUCCACACCAGCAAGGUCAGUACCCACAAGAUCAGUACCAGCAAGUGCAAUAUCCAGCAGGACAGUAUCAACAACAGCAACAACAAGAAUUCCGACAGCGCCAGCAGCAGCAAUGGCAUCAAAGUGAAGCGCCAUCAGGGCAAUAUGCGGAGUUUCGAAGCUCAGCAGCACAUAGCUCACACACUUCUCACAGUUCAGCGUCACAUGCUGGGUAUCAGUACGGCACUGCAGAUGCACCUCGUCGUUCUGGAGGUUAUGAGCGGCCAAGAUCAGUUCAGCGUGCCUACGGAAAACGAACUUAUCGGUAG